AUGCGUCCUCUGGCUUCUGCCGCGCCUGCCCUGACUUCUGCGCCACAUGUGGCAACGCUGGUGAGCAGCAAGGCGGCAGCGCAGGUGUGUCAGGAGUAUUCACUGGCGACGGUGGCGAAGGCAACCAACGGAUGGUCCGAGGCCAACCUGCUGGGCAUAGGAGGGUUUGGUGACGUGUAUCGCGGCGUCUCCCCCACCGAUGGUGCCACGCCGUGGGCCGUGAAGCGAGCUAAGAUUGUCACCACAGACUUUGAUAAAGAGUGUUAUUACUCCUCAUGCAGGCCUCCUUGCCUGAUUCCCUCAUUCGACCCCCUUCUCCACCCCUCCAUUCCCACCCCCUCUGCCCGUCCUUCCUAUGCGCUGGCCCCUGCAGAGGCAGUCUCCCCGCUGAGCUUUGAGCAGCGGGUGGGCGUGCUGGUGGGGGCAGCACGCGGCUUUGACUUUGGCAUUCUCAUCCUUGAGCUCAUGACAGGCCGCCACGUCACCACCAAUUCUCUCGUCGUUCCUUCCGAUGAAGAGGCGGGGCAGCAGCUGCACAUUCUUGCCUGGGUCCAGCAGCAGCUGGCUCAAUCGGGCCUCAGCGAGGCGGUGGCAGGCCUCAAGGACCCUCGCAUGGAGGCGCGGGAUGAGUUGGUGUUGAGGGUGAUGCAGCUGGCGCUGCGGUGCACAUCUAAGCAGAGUGCCGUGCGGCCGGCCACGGGGGUGAUUGCAGCCGAGCUGGAGACCGUGCUGGUGGAGCUGGGCGGCUCACACAGAAAUGCUGGUCCCUGUCAGGUGGAUCGAGAGGUGGAGACGCAGAACGAGUUGUCGCUCGCACAGCCCAUUGCGGAAUCGCAAGGUGCUGUUCUGCAGGAGUUGCAGACGGCAUUGGAGUUCAACUCAUAUGGAUGGAAGGCGGGGAGCGACUGCCAGAAAGCGGAUGGCCUCACAUGCGACUCAGACGGCAUGAUCACCUCCAUGAGUUUUGCAACAUACCAGACACAGUUCCAGGUUGACAGCGUCACACGGCUCUCCCACUUGACAAAGCUGGAAAUAAAGGACGUUAAGUACCCGCCAGAAGGCACGCUCUACAACAUCACUUCGCUCAAGUCUCUGUCGCUGACGUGCUCCAUGAAUACGUGGUACAGCAUUCCUGCUGAGAUGGGCAACCUCACUCAGUUGACCCAGCUGAGAAUACAAAACUGUCCGUUGGGGAUUGAGAUUUCCACACUGAGUCUGCUCACCACCCUUGUGGAUCUGGAGCUUCUGGCAAACAGAAUCGCUUCAAUGUGGGUCCUUAUAGAUAACAGCUUCCCCACACUCAUGAACCUGGAUCUGCGGUCCAACGUAAUCGAACUAUACACCCUCGAUUAUUUAAAAAACCUGACAGCCCUCACAUCUCUGGAUGUAUCAUCGAAUCAGCUGAGCGGUGAUGGCCUAGCACAGGGGUAUCUGAGCCUGCCCAACUUACAGUACCUGAAUCUCUUUAACAACCAGCUGACCGGCGGUAUUCCUGACUCCAUCGCAACCAUGACUUCCUUGGUCAGCCUGAACGUGAGUUUGAACUACAUGGAAGGAACCAUCUCACCAUCGCUUGGACGCCUCAAGAGACUCUCAAAGCUAGCCAUCAACGGCACAAAACUCUCAUGCCCUGACAGCUACAGCAGCUGCGGAGUGCCUCAGAAUGCGUCCUCUGCCUUCUGCCGCACCUGCCCUGACUUCUGCGCCACAUGUGGCAAAUCCAAACCGGCAGCACUGGCAUCAGGUGAAACGCCUAAAUCAGGCCUGUCUACAGCCGCUAUUGUUGCCAUCAUUGUUGCUGUUGCUGCUGCUCUGGCCGUCGCUGCCCUGCUUUUCUUCUACUGCUGGUUCCAUUCGAGGCGACCGAAAGCGCUGGUGAGCAGCAAAGCGGCAUCACAGGUGUGUCAGGAAUAUUCUCUUAAUGCGGUGGCGAAGGCGACCAACGGGUGGUCCGAGGCCAACCUGCUGGGCGCGGGGGCCUUUGGUGAUGUGUACCGUGCCGUCUCUCCCACCGAUGGUGCCACUCCGUGGGCCGUGAAGCGAGCCAAGGUCGUCACCACCGACUUUGAUAAAGAGGUGUGUGAGAUGGCAACGAAGCACCACCCCAACCUCGUGCGACUGCUGGGCUUCUCAAUCGGGAUUACCGACAAGACAAGGGUCGAGCAAAUCCUCAUCUACGAGCUCAUGCCCAACGGGGACCUCUCGCACUGGAUCGGGAAAGGGGCAGUGGCCCCGCUGAGCUUUGAGCAGCGGGUGGGCGUGCUGGUGGGGGCGGCACGCGGCUUUGAGUAUCUCCACAGCUUCGGCAUCGUGCACCGCGAUAUCAAGCCCGCGAACAUCCUCCUUGACGGCAACAUGCAGGCUAAGAUCUCAGACUUUGGGCUGGUGAGGAGGGGAGAGGGCACAGCUGUGCAGAGCACGCGAGUGGUGGGAACACCGGGCUAUGUGGAUCCCUCCUAUUCUGCAUCUAAUAGGGCCACCACCGCGACUGAUGUCUACAGCUUUGGCAUUCUCAUGCUUGAGCUCAUGACAGGUCGCCACGUCACCACCAAUUCUCUCGUCGUUCCCUCCGAUGAAGAGGCGGGUCAGCAGCUGCACAUCCUUCCCUGGGUCCGGCAGCAGCUGGCUCAGUACGGCGGCAACGACGCAGUGGUGGCAGGCCUGAAGGACCCUCGCAUGGAGGCGCGGGAUGAGUUGGUGUUGCGGGUGGUGCAGCUGGCACUGCGAUGCACCCACAAUCAGAGCGCCAUGCGGCCGGCCAUGGGGGUGAUUGCAGCCGAGCUGGAGGCCGUGCUGGUGGCGCUGGGUGGCUCCCGUAGCAACUCUGCCGCCCGUCAGGUGGACCUGCAGGUGGAAUCGCAGAGGAUGCCAGCUUCGAGCUUGGAUGCAGAAAUGGCACGCCUGAAUGCGUUGCUUCAGGGGAGCUGA